CCGUAACGUUAAAAAUCAAGAGGAGCAGUCAAGCUUCAUUGGAUCCCCUGUAGCUCAGCCCCGGCGUUACCAUGGUUACAGACAACAUUUAUUGAAAGUAGUUGAUCCCAACUUCCUCAAGAGUGUCCGCCCACUGUCAACCGAGAGAUCCGGGAGAGCGUCUGCGCGCAGCGGAGAUCACCUGCAUCCAGGGCGCGCCGGCAGGACGGCGCAGCGUUUUUAGACCCACCUCACCUCACUUUAAGAGGGGAAAAAAGUGGUUUUCCUCAGAUUUCACGGAGUAACUAUGCAAGAUCGUGGCUCCUUUUUCAACCCUUUCUCCAGACCGCGGUGUCUGGCGGCGGCGGCGCCGGCUGGAAAGGCGAAGUUAACCCACCCGGGAAAAGCCAUCCUGGCAGGUGGAAUUGCAGGUGGCAUAGAGAUCUGCAUCACUUUUCCAACAGAAUAUGUCAAGACCCAGUUACAGCUGGACGAGAGGGCCAACCCACCGAAAUACAGAGGAGUAGUCGACUGUGUGAGGCAGACGGUGAAGGGUCACGGCGUUAAAGGACUGUACAGAGGGCUCAGCUCAUUGCUGUAUGGAUCUAUACCCAAAUCUGCUGUUAGGUUUGGGGUGUUUGAAAUCCUCAGUAAUCGGGCCAAGGAUGAGUCCGGCCGGCUGGACAGCACCAGUGGCCUGCUGUGUGGGCUCGGAGCGGGCGUCAUGGAGGCGGUGCUGGUGGUCUGUCCCAUGGAAACUGUUAAGGUGAAAUUCAUUCACGACCAGACUUCCGGCAACCCAAAAUACAGAGGCUUCUUCCAUGGAGUCAGAGAGAUUGUUCGCUCUCAAGGAUUAAGAGGGACGUAUCAGGGAUUAACAGCAACCGUCCUCAAACAAGGAUCCAACCAAGCUAUUCGCUUUUUUGUCAUGACGUCUCUCAGGAACUGGUACAAAGGAGAUAACCCAAAUAAAGCUUUAAAUCCUUUGGUGACGGGACUCUUCGGAGCAAUAGCAGGAGCAGCAAGUGUGUUUGGAAACACUCCACUGGACGUCAUUAAGACACGGAUGCAGGGUCUUGAUGCUCAUAAAUAUAAAAGCACGUUGGACUGCGCUGUAAAGAUUCUCAAAUAUGAAGGCUUGGCAGCUUUCUACAAAGGGACAGUCCCGCGGCUGGGCCGUGUGUGUCUGGAUGUGGCCAUAGUCUUCAUCAUCUACGAGGAAGUGGUGAAGGGCCUGAAUAAGGUUUGGAAAACAGAGUGAGCUGCUAAAGCGUGGCAGUAGAAGAGAGCUUCCCUUGUGGAUCCAAGUUUAGAAAACUUUUUUGUUUCUAAAGCUAAAGCCAGCUGCAGAAACUGAGAGCUAGAUCAGGGUUAGAUGGAAAAAGGUACUCCCCUUAAUGGUUUUUCUCUUUUUAAAGGUUUCAAAGUAGCUUUCAUGUUUUAAAAAAGAAAAUCUCACGUUUCUAAAUACAUCUAUUUAACUCUGCCAGAGCCAAAAAAUGCACAUUUUCAGGUUUUCUCCUCCUCUGUGAGUUUUCUGGAUGUAAUUUCCCAGAAUGCUCCUUCCACAUGUUCACAGCUGUUUCUCCGAUGUUUACUGUAAGACAGCAGGUGUUAGUCUGAACUUUCUCCAGUCCGCUCUCUGUCUGCUCUUCUGCAAAACCUUGGUUUCAAUCCAGAGAAAGCAGACCGCAGCUGGUUGUAGUUUACAUCCACACGAACCGCAGCAAUGCCUUCAAAAGAUAUUAGUUUUAUAUCAUACUAAGUGUUUUAAUAAAGCGUUGAUUGUUAAUUCUUAUUAUCAAUUUGUUUUAGCUUUGUGGUAAAUGCCAAACAUGUUAUAAAAUGAAAGUUUAGUCAGAAUUGAAAAAUGAGAGUCAAUUAUUUUAAAAACAGCAAAGAAAAUAAAGGAUUUAUUGUUUAAAAAACAUUGUAUUAAACAUGUAUUUAUUCAGAUUGAAUGUUUGAUGUAGAGGAGACUUUAAAUGUCAGUCUGUGGCAAAAGUGUAUGUAACAUGUGAACUUGAAUAACUGUUGAAAAAAAGGCCUCAGUCACACGGAGUUAUAUAGAAAAAAAUAUAAAUUUUUCACCAGAACUGAUUUAUGAAAUUCAACCUGUUUUUCUUUUGAUUUUUAGCACUGAUCCUAUUUGCUGCAGGUUUUGUCUCCAUCAGGAGGUUUGAUGGUGAAAUGUCAUUUCUUUCACAUUUGUGAUUGUUGUUGUUUUUUUAAAUUCACCCCUUUAUUGAUGUUAAUCACAUGUUCUAGACGUGAUGUAGAACUUGAGAUGGGGAGGAGAACAUUUGGGAAUCACUUUGUGUUGCUGCAACUUUUAGUGCCAUGAUCCAUGCAGGUCACUCUUUUAACGAAUGUGCCUUUUUGUCUUUGGUGUUUGUUCACAAAUGAGAGUUUUUUUUGUUCACUUUGCUGUCACUCUUGGUAGAAAACAGUAAUUCUUUGUUUUUUUUCCCCCCUUGCAUUUUGGUCAUUUUUCUGUGUAAUCAAACAAAUGCUGCUCUACUGCCAACACCCAGAAGUAAAUAUGUGUCCAUUCUGGGUUGUGUUUGUGUGGGGGUGUGCUUAGGCUUUGUGGCUCUCAACAACAACAGUUGUGCAGCUAUAAUGCGACGUCCUCUUUCUGUCUGAAAACUGUGGGAAGUCUUGUGUUGAAAGGAGAAUUAAAAAGUCAUUAAACGUAGUGUUUGAAACCUUGAAAGUGCACA